CGCUCCACGCGACGCGUUGCAGAAUCAUUCCAGUCGCACAUACCAGCUCGAAAACCAGAUCGUUGCACGUGUGCUACACCAGCAAUGUUCCUAGCCGAGCAAGCCAUAGCAGACGUUCCUUCAGCUCCAGGAAGAUCAGUUCCGCUCACGGAAUCAUACACUCAUCAUGGACUUACACCUACUGCGCCUGGUCCAUACAUCCUGGGUGUAGACGAAGCAGGUCGAGGUCCCGUUCUCGGACCCCUCGUUUAUGGUGUUGCUUACUGUCCACUUGCAUGGAAGCCGGAGCUGGACAAACUUGGGUUUGCCGACUCCAAGACCUUGACUCCGUCAAAGAGAACAGAACUAUUGGGCGUGCUUAACUCCGACCCGGAGAAUCUGGGUUGGUCAGUGCGCGUAAUUAGCCCCCAGGCAAUAUCCAGUGGUAUGUUAAAGGCUCCUCCGACCAAUUUGAACAAGCAAUCACAAGAUGCGACAAUUCUACUCAUCCGUGAAGUGCUCCAGCGGGGCAUACAACUCUCAGAGGUGUAUGUUGAUGCUUUAGGAACGACCACGACCUACGAGGCCUACUUGUCUUCGUUAUUCCCGGAAAUCCAGUUCACUGUCACCCAGAAAGCGGAUUCGAAAUUCAAGAUUGUAGGCGCAGCCAGUGUUGCUGCAAAAGUGACCAGAGAUGCAUGCAUAGAAUCAUGGACAUUCGAAGAACCUCAGAACAUGGCAGCCGAUGAGAAAGUAUUCAGCAGAAAUUUUGGAAGCGGCUAUCCGUCAGAUCCGAAGACACAAGAAUGGAUGAAGGAUACACUCCACCCAACAUUCGGCUUCCCUUCAAUGGUACGAUUCUCGUGGACGACAGUGAAGGUCCUGUUGGAGAAAUCUGCACAUCCCGUGAAAUGGAUUGAUGAGGGGCAGGAGUCUUCUGUCGCUGCGUUUGGCAAUGGCAGAGGUAGAGAUAAAGACCGAACCAUCGUCGCCAAAGAUCUCUGUCUACACAGCGUUGGCAUAUUGUAAUGUUUGGCGCGUCGCAUUCAUACAAUCAGACUCACAGUCAGCGGGAAAAUCCUUCCGGAAAUAACCAGUUCUUGUCCACGGCGGUUGUGAAGGGCCACCGGGCAUUCUACAUUCAUGCGCAAGUGAGCGGUGUCGGGAGCAUCACUAAUAUAAUGGCCCC